UUUUUGCUCCGGAGCUGGAAAGGAAAUCAGAUUGAGGGGAAAAGGUGCGUGAGGAAGAGAAGGAGGGAGAGAAAAGAAAGAAGGUAAAAAGCGGUACGCGGCUUGCGAAACGAGAAGAAAGGUGCAAAGAGGAAGGAGAAGAGGGGGACCGACACCUUCCAUUUUUUUUCUUCUUCCAGCUUUUGGAGUUUCGUGCUUUUUUUUGUUGUUGUUGUUGUAACUUUUGAGUUGACUUCGCUGUCGUUGAAACGCGGCGGCUUCUCCCCACAAAGCUCCCGCGGAGCACCGGGUAUUAAUUGAGACAUGCCGAGGGCCUUUCUGGUGAAGAAGGCGAAUGUUUCGCCGGGAAAGCGGAACUGGAGUGAACUCCCCGACCAUGAACGAGGGGACGUCUACAUCCCAGUCUCCAUCUACCCUCCGUCCUUGAUGAUGAUAGAAGCUGAAGCCAGCCCUGCCGAGAUAGCGCCGCUAUGCCUCACCAAACAGUCUCUCUCUGACACGCAAACGUACGCCGAGCUGCCGUCUAGCACGACGCUGGGCCGACCGCGGAGCCCGGUGGCUUCACCGGAGCAGAGGUCAGGGGUCAGAAGGAGGUCGCAGGGUGGCCCUCCGUACAUCCGAUCCAAAAUCAAGGUAACUACAGGCGAGUUACCGCACGUUCCUUCUCCCCUUCCCCUCUCCCUUCCUCCCAUUCCCACCCCUCCAUCCGUAACCCCACAUGCCACUGUGAUGCCGGUCGCCUUGACGACAACUCCUGCCUCCCCAAAAGCGGUCUCCAUGGUGACCAGAUCAACAGGUCAAAGUCAGAGUUCGUCGAAAGGGACGACAGGGGCGUUUGCGUGCCAGGUUUGCCAGAAGACCUUCCAUCACCAGCGGAUGUUAAACAGACACGUUAAGUGUCACAACGAGAACAAGAGACACCUGUGCAGCUUCUGCGGCAAAGGCUUCAACGACACCUUUGACCUCAAGAGACACGUACGCACGCAUACAGGAGUCCGUCCUUACAAGUGCACCCUCUGCGACAAGGCCUUCACCCAGCGCUGCUCCCUGGAGUCCCACAUGAAGAAGAUCCACAGCGUCACCCAGAAGUACGCCUACAAGGAGCGACGCAACAAGCUGUACGUCUGCGAGGAGUGCGGCCACACGGCGGGGACGCAGGACGAGCUGGUGAUCCACCUUCACUCGCUUCACCCCAACAGUCACCUGUUGAAGGCGAAGGCUGCGAGGAGAGCAGGAGGAGGAGAAAGAGAGGGAGGGUCAGUCGGAGGAUCGAUGCCAGGCUCUCCCCGAGGAGCCGAUAGUGAUGACACCGCCGGAUCAGGGGAGCAGUAGACGGGAGGGAAGCCUGGAAGAUCAUCAAAAAGACAAACUCAGGGGGGUGGAUGAAGGAUGGAUGGAUGUAUCAACUGAUGGACAUAAAGGUGAAGUGAUAGAAGAUAGGUGGAUGACAAGUCAGAUUACAUUGCAGUAGGGGAAAGUUAAUGUAUAUGUGUGUGUACGUGUGUAUGGAUUUGGGUAAUUGUAUAUAACGCAAGCUUUAACUUUACUGUAAAUGAAAUAAUGCACCAAACAAGGCCAAGUCUGACUAAUAUAUGUUUUUACAUUGCGUUGUGAUAUGGAUGAGCUCAUUAUUAACAUGUGUGUCAAUACCAACCUACUUCUCUUUAUUUGUAUUGCAUGUGAAUAUUACCUGUGGGUUUCUCUGUAGGGCAAAAAAGAAAGUUUUUCUAUGAAAAAAGUACUUUUUGUUCAAUAAAGGAGU